AUGCACGCGCGCACACACCAGGAGAGAGGGGCGGGGCGGGGCGGGGCGGGGCACAGUACUCACAUCCACCCGCCCUCCCUCCAGUCAACCUGCCCCGGCCUUAGGGAGCCGAGUAGCUGGAGCUGGAGGGCUGAGAGUCGCACUGGCCCACUGACUGCCUGCCGAACGGAAGAGCGGAGGGCUGAGCUUGCAUUACGCGGGGAAAGAAGAGAGCUCCUUGCAUGAAAGCUUUGUUUGGAGGGAUAUUAAGGAACAAAUCAGGAACUGAAAAUGCCGAAACCAAUUAAUGUUCGUGUUACUACCAUGGAUGCUGAGUUGGAGUUUGCCAUCCAGCCCAACACUACUGGAAAGCAACUCUUUGACCAGGUGGUUAAGACCAUUGGCCUUCGGGAAGUGUGGUACUUUGGCCUCCAGUAUGUGGAUAAUAAAGGAUUUCCAACCUGGUUGAAGCUUGAUAAAAAGGUUUCUGCUCAGGAAGUCAAAAAGGAGAGCCCUCUUCAGUUCAAAUUCCGGGCCAAAUUCUACCCAGAGGAUGUACCUGAGGAACUGAUCCAGGACAUAACCCAGAAGCUGUUCUUCCUACAAGUGAAAGAUGGAAUCCUCAGUGAUGAAAUCUACUGCCCUCCUGAAACUGCAGUGCUUCUUGGGUCUUACGCUGUUCAAGCCAAGUUUGGCGAUUAUAAUAAAGAAGUGCACAAAGCUGGGUACCUCAGCUCUGAACGUUUGAUCCCUCAGAGAGUAAUGGACCAGCACAAGCUCUCCAGAGAACAGUGGGAAGAUCGGAUCCAGGUGUGGCACGCAGAACACUGUGGGAUGCUGAAAGAUAAUGCUAUGCUGGAGUAUUUGAAGAUUGCUCAGGAUUUGGAGAUGUAUGGGAUCAAUUAUUUUGAGAUAAAAAACAAAAAAGGAACAGACCUUUGGCUCGGAGUGGAUGCCCUUGGGCUGAAUAUUUACGAGAAAGAUGAUAAAUUGACCCCAAAGAUUGGCUUCCCUUGGAGCGAAAUCAGAAACAUCUCUUUCAAUGACAAAAAGUUUGUCAUUAAACCCAUUGACAAGAAGGCACCUGACUUUGUGUUUUAUGCGCCUCGGCUUCGGAUUAAUAAGCGGAUCCUUCAGCUUUGCAUGGGGAACCAUGAGCUGUACAUGCGCCGUAGGAAGCCAGAUACCAUUGAGGUACAGCAGAUGAAAGCCCAAGCACGGGAAGAGAAGCACCAGAAACAACUGGAGAGGCAGCAGUUGGAAACUGAAAAGAAGAAAAGAGAGAUUGUUGAACGAGAGAAGGAGCAGAUGUUGCGAGAGAAGGAGGAACUGAUGCAAAGGCUUCAGGAUUAUGAACAAAAGACCAAGAAAGCAGAAAAGGAGCUCUCCGAGCAGAUCCAGAAAGCCAUUCAGCUGGAAGAAGAGCGGAAGCGAGCCCAGGAAGAGGCUGAGCGCCUGGAGGCCGACCGAAUGGCUGCUCUUCAAGCCAAAGAAGAACUGGAAAGACAAGCUGUGGAUCAGAUGAAGAGCCAGGAGCAGCUGGCUGCUGAACUUGCUGAAUACACCGCCAAGAUUGCUCUUCUGGAAGAGGCGAGGAGGCGUAAAGAGGAUGAGGUGGAAGAAUGGCAGCUCAGGGCCAAAGAAGCCCAAGAGGAUCUUGUUAAGACCAAGGAAGAGCUUCAUCAGGUGAUGACUGCCCCGCCGCCACCACCACCCCCUGUGUACGAGCCUGUGAAUUACCACGUGCAUGAGAACUUGCAGGAUGAAGGCACCGAGUACAGUGGCUACAGCGCCGAGUUCUCCAGCGAGGGCAUCAGGGAUGACCGCAACGAAGAGAAACGCAUCACGGAGGCCGAGAAGAACGAGCGUGUGCAGAGACAGCUGCAGACGUUGACAAACGAGCUGUCCCAGGCCAGGGAUGAGAAUAAGAGAACCCAUAAUGACAUCAUCCACAACGAGAACAUGAGGCAAGGACGGGACAAGUACAAGACUCUGAGGCAGAUUCGACAGGGGAAUACAAAGCAGAGAAUCGAUGAGUUUGAAGCUAUGUAAAAACGCACUGUACAGCUAAGAGGCAGGACUGUGGGAAAAAGCAGAUCUGAACUUUUCUGAAGGGAGUCACUGUAUGACAAGUGUAACGUGUAUUUUUUUAGUAUGCUAUAAAUCUAGAAACUCCCAUAUUCUCUGAUGGAGAGAAAAUAAUUAUUCAGCAUUAUUAUUCUGAGGGCUGGGAGGUGGGGGGAUUGGAGGGACACUUAGAACAUUCCCCCCUUGUAUAUUAGUGCCAAAAAGGCCUGCAGCAGGAUAGAUUUGAGUAAGAUUGAGCAUCUCUAAAGCCUGAUAAAGUGAUAGCACUUCAUAUUGGCAUGUGUGAUGCAUCAAGAUUGAAUGUAAUUAGAGAAAAUCACAUUGUGGCCAGACAGUGCCAUACUUUGAUUCUCCCUCCUUCCCUCUGUCCUUUCCUUCUUUCCUCUUUUCCUCCCUCUCUCUGUCUGUCUGUGUCUCUCUCUCUGCAUAUUCAAAGAAAUUAGCCUAAGAAGUGCCUGAUUCACUUUCCAUUCUAUGCAAGAUUGAUCCAUGUUUCUAAAGUGCUCAUUUUGAAAGAUAGGUCUUUAAAAAAAAAAAAAAUCUCCUCCCUUCUUCUCCCUUCUUCCCCAAGAUGGUCUAUUUCCCCCCUU